GUAUUUGUGAGCUGAAGAUGGGUAACAUCUCUGAGUGUGUUCUAUUGUUGAUACUUGCAAUCCUGAUUCAUUCUUCAUAUUCUCAUGAGCCGACCAGUUCGAAACGAGAAGCUUUGGAAAUUAUCAUAGGAGGAGGCGGCCAUACUGGUAAUGCUACUGCUCCUUCCCCAGGAUGUGGAGAAUGUCAAGCUCCUCCGCCUCCUCCUCCUCCACCCACACCAGGUCCACCUCCGUCCCCUCCUCCUCCGCCGCCCCCUCAUCCUCCGGCCCCUCCGCCGUCCCCUCCUCCUCCUGCACCCAAACCAUCCCCGCCUCCUCGCCCUCCUCCUCUUCCGCCCCCUGCUCCUCCUGCACCCAAACCAUCCCCGCCCCCUCUUCCUCCUCCUCCUCCUCCGCCACCUCUCCUCCCGCACCCAAACCAUGCCCACUUCCUCCGCCGCCCCCUCCCCCUGCUCCCAAACCAUGCCCGCCUCCUCUCCCCCCUCCUUCACCACCUCCACCGCCACCUCCUCCUCCUCCACCUCCGCCGCCACCUCCUCCUUCUCCUCGCCGUGUAUCAGAGGAACCCAGGUUGAAGAAAGCGAAAGCUGUGCUUCUAAAAUUCAAGCAGACCAUCUGCGACCCGCAAGGGCGAACGUCAAACUGGAAGAAGUCCACCUAUGUAUGUAAAUUCAACGGCGUCCGUUGCGCCCAAUAUCCGCUUGAUAAACAGAAAGCAGUCGCCGGACUGGACUUUAACGGCUAUGCAUUCUCGGCGCUGCAGAAAGACAAACAACUGGACCUCUUCGGGAUCUUGGCCCCGAUCGAAGAGUUAGCAUUCUUCCACGUGAACUCCAACAAUUUCAGCGGCCAGGUCCCACCACGAAUCUCCAUGUUCCCAUUUUUCUACGAGCUCGACCUCAGCAACAACAAGAUUUCCGGUGAGUUCCCAAAAGAGGUCUUUCAGUCGCAACAGCUUCUGUUCCUGGAUCUCAGGUUCAACGAACUCUACGGCUCGAUUCCGCCGCAGCUCUUUAAGUUGCAACUAGACGUCAUCUUCAUCAACAACAACCAGCUCACCGGAAGCCUUCCCGAGGAAUUCGGAUGGACGCCGGCCAGGUAUCUCACAUUCGCCAACAACAAGUUAUCCGGUCCAAUCCCCAGUAGUAUCGGUAAAGCCACGAACAUCACUGAAGUGCUGUUCUUGGGGAAUCAGUUUUCUGGUUGUUUACCUUAUGAGAUUGGGUUCCUCGCAAAGGCUACGGUCUUUGAUGUGAGCAAGAAUUGGUUGACUGGUCCAAUCCCACACUCCUUCGCCUGCCUAGAUAAGAUUCAGUUCUUGAAUUUGGCCGAUAAUCAAUUCUACGGGCCCGUUCCGGAGUCCUUGUGCAAGCUUCCGGAGCUCCUAAAGGGUAGCGGUGGGAAUUUGACGCUGUCGGGCAAUUAUUUUACCCAGGUGGGUCCCGAAUGCAGGAAGCUGAUAGACGCCAAAGUGCUGGAUGUGCGUCGAAAUUGCAUUCUGGGACUUCCCGAUCAGAGAACAGCAGCUGAGUGUACCAAGUUUUUCUCCAAGGUUAAGCCAUGUCCGAACCCCAAGACUUUGAACAUCGUGCCUUGUAACAAGAAUUAUGAGAGCUACAAGGAGGCGGUGCCGGGACCAGCAGCGGUCGCUUCGCCGCCGACACCGGUGACCUACAAAACCCUCAAACCCCAUCGCUUGUCAAUGACUCCUUGACUAUACGAGGGACUUCUAAUUACUGUCGUCUUUUAAUUGUUAAUCAUAUGCAUAUUUGCACAGAAUCUCUCUUUAAUUUCGGUUUUCAUCAGCCCACUUGUAUAAUAGGGCAAUGAAUAAACUUGAAAGUGUACUGUUAUGUGUGGUCCGAUUUGGCAUGGCAGAUUGUUACGUUAGUAUAAAAUAAGAUGUGAUCUUGAUAUUGUUAUUCGUGCCA